AUGACCGGAGACGGUUUUAACGACUCCCCAAGCAUUAAAAUCGCCAACGUCGGCUGCGCGAUGGGCUCCGGCGUCGACGUCACGAAAGGCGUCGCCGAUCUCAUCAUCAUGGACGACAACUUCGCCACGAUCGUGAAGGCGGUGGCGGAAGGGCGGCGGAUUGUGCAGUGCAUUUGCAAAUUCCUCGUCCACCUCCUCUCCAGUAAUGUCGCGGAGGUGAUUGUGUUAAUCUGCGGCCUCGCCUUUACCCAUGAGGGGACCACCCUCUUUAUUCUCUCCCCGCUCGAAAUUUUGUGGUUGAAUAUGCUGACCUCAGCGCCCCCGGCAAUCGGGCUUUCGAUGGACAACCCCACGGAGGAUAUUCUUCUCGUUCCUCCACGCACCGGCGGCAUUUUUAGCCUCGAAUUGAUCUGCGAUACGUGUAUUUAUGGGCUUUGGCUGGGGUUGGCCUCGCUGCUGGGGUUUGUGGUUAUUCUCUACAGCUUCGGCGAUGGCCCGGCCGGGCAUGACUGCAAUAAAACAACGGGAACGGUGGAAUGUCUGCCGAUCUGGCAAGCCCGCUGUACUGCCUUCGGGAUUCUCUACUUUGGUCUCUUUAUUCACGCCUACACCGCACGCCAUCCGCGGCUUUCGGUCUUUCGCAUGAAGUGGCUUGAUAAUAUGUGGAUUUUCGGCUCGGUGGUGUUGGGAACGCUGCUGUUUGUCCCGAUUGUCUACGUGGAUGUCAUCGCGCACAAUAUCUUCGUGCAUCAUAUGAUUACAUGGCACUGGGCCGUCCUCGCGAUCGCGCUAAUUUCUUUUUUGUUUCUCUGCGAGUUGUACAAAAUCAUCAAGAAUAUCUUUUUCCCCAUCAAGAGGCCUGUUAUGUUCUUUGACGAGGGCGACAGAAACGAGAUUAUCCAGGAAUAUCGCACCUUUACACAUACCGAACAUGAUGGACGCUCCAUCGUCGAGAUCAACGAAGAAAACCUGCGCAUGUCCUUUGCGUCAUUUGCGCAUGGUGUCGGAGUGGCCAACACGGCGUCGUUCCGCUUUCCACAAGAAAAGAGGAAACCCACAAAGAGAAAGAGGAAACCCUUAGCCAGCCAAAAUUCGUAUGCGUUAAGUGUAAAAUAA